CAGUGCAGAAGUGCCGCCCCGGCCCGGUGGGUGCAGCAGGGGCUUGGUGGUGCGGGCUCCCAGCCGGAGGACGUGGCUCGGAGGCGGACAACCCAGGAGGCAGGAUUCUGCCAACAAGCCCCAAGUGAGAGGUGGGAGAGUCAGCUGGCAGACAACAUGUCUAUUGAGGUGCAACCGGCACCACUUGCGCACCUCCUCGUCCCAGCACUUGUGCCGCCUCCAGUGAAGAUGGAGGAGCAGGACCCAGCAGGCUCUGAGCCAGGGGCAGGGAGAUUCCCUCAUAUUAUCCAGGCCAGAGAGUCGCUGACAUGGGCAGCGCCAGCACAGGUCAAGCAGGAGCCACAAGACGAGCCAGUCCGGCGCUGGGAAGUCACAGUGUGCAGGAAGAUCAAGGAGGUGGCCUUGGACAAGAUGAUACCUUCUGGGGCAUUGAGGGAACCUCUUGAGUCUUGGAUGAAUGGGCUGAAGCUUCGUUCUGGGCAUGUGGAGGAGGCAGGACGGUGUGAAACCCCAGGGCCCCAGGAUGAUCUUCCUCAUGUCCCUCAAGAGAAGUCUCCAUCCCACCAGAUGUCAGCAGGUGCAGGGAGCCCGAGCCAAAGCCAGGAGCAGCUUACCAAGGAAGGGCAUGCAAACCUGGAGCUGUUGGGAACAUCCCCAGGAAGCUUGGGAAGAAGGGGCUCCCCGAGACUCAAGCUGGCCCAACUGCACAAGAGGCAGGGCAGGCCCCCAAGGCAGAAGGAAAAUGUGGUGCUCCUGGAGGCCUUUGAGGACGUGGCCGUGUAUUUCACCCAAAAGGAGUGGGCGCUGCUGGACGAUGGAGACAAGGCGCUUUACCGGGACCAGAUGCUGAGGAAUUACCAAGCCCUCAUUUCCCUGGGAUAUCGAGGUCCCACACCAGCCUUGAUCAACCGCAUCCAACGAGGGGAGAUGGAGCUCUGGGUCUGUGACAAGGACUAUGGAGAAAAGUCGUCAUUGGAAGGCCUUUUCCCAGCAGGUGCUGGGAUGCUGAGCAGAGCUGAGCAGCAGUCUCUUGAGGAAGGGCCUGCAAAACUGAACCUGAUUCGAGCCAGAAACGAGCUACCUUCCCAAGAGGGGCAGAGAACACCUGCAGCCCGAAUGAUCCCUGUGCGUAGGGAAGGAUUUGAGGGGCAGAGAGACCUGAAGACCCAGGAGGGAAGAGUUGACAGCGGGGCUGACUCGUAUGAAUGCGGAGAGAGCUUUGGGAGCAAACAGGAGCUCAGGGGGCAUGGCAUAGCACACAAGAAGGAGCACCUCUGCAAUGAGGGAUGGAAGAGGUACCGCCCUAAAUACCGGGUCAUCAGGCACCAGCGAGCACACGUGGGGGAGCACCCCCGCCUCUGCUCUGAGAGUAGGAAGAACUUUGUUUCUCUACAAGACUUGCGAGUCCACCAGCGCGUGCAUACGGGAGAGAAGCCGUACCACUGCACCGAGUGCUGGCAGAGCUUCACCAGGUGGGAUUACCUUCGAGCGCACCUGCGGGUACACACAGGGGAGAAGCCUUUCUUGUGCACCCAGUGUGGGAAGAGCUUCACUGAAAGCUCACUGCUUACAAAGCACCAGCGCAUCCACGUGAGGGAGAAGCCCUUCUCCUGCACGCAGUGUGGGAAGAGAUUCACCCACCGCUCAACGCUCAGAAAUCACCUGCGGGUGCACACGGGGGAGAACCUCUACCACUGCCCCGAGUGCGAGAAGAGCUUCACCCGGUGGGAUCACCUCCAAGCACACAUGUGUGUGCACACGGGGGAGAAGCCAUUCUCGUGCACCCAGUGUGGGAAGAGCUUCACCCAGAACUCAGCACUCACGCAGCACCAGCGUGUGCACACGGGGGAGAAGCCAUUUUCUUGCAGCCAGUGUGGGAAGAGCUUUGCCAGGCGGUAUUACCUCCACGUGCACAUGCACGUGCACACAGAAGAGAAGCCCUAUGACUGCGCUAAAUACAGGAAGAGUUUCACCAAGCAGUAUCACCUCCAGGGCCACCUGCACGUGCACCCGGGGGAGAAGUCAUUCUCCUGCAGCCAGUGCGGGAAGAGCUUCACCCGAAACUCAACACUCACCAAGCACCUGCGCGUGCACACCGGGGAGAAGCCAUUUUCUUGCACCCACUGUGGGAAGAGCUUCAGCAGGCAGGACCAUCUCCAGAGCCACCUGCGCGUGCACACGGGGGAGAAGCCGUUCUCUUGCACCCAGUGCGGGAAAAGCUUCACCGAGAGAUCUACCCUCACGCAGCAUCUGCGCGUGCACACGGGGGAGAAGCCCUUCUCCUGCAAGGAAUGUGGGAAGAGCUUCACCCGGAGCUCGACGCUCACCGCCCACCAGCGCGUGCACACGGGGGAAAAGCCGUACCGCUGUGCCCAGUGUGGGAAGUGUUUCCAUACGAGCUCCACCCUGACCAAGCACCAUCAAAGCCACAGGGACCAGGCACUUGCAUUCAACAGGGACAGCUUCUGCCAGCUCCUGUCUCAUCCUCCUUCUGCCGUGGAGAGCGGGGUCCUACACCUGUACUGGAAUGCCCCCAGGUAUCCCUCCUUCAACGAGGAGUGUCCCAAUUGGCCUGUCAUAGUACCUUGUUGUAGCAGCUGGGACAGAGAAGACAACAGGGUCAGGACUAAGCCUCCGUGUGUCAGAGCCGGGGUGGGGUUUCCACUGGCAGAGACGAUGGCUGCCAAGCGUGGGAUGGCACCAGUUCCAGACCCCACCUGUCCAGCCCUCACAUCAGCCCCAGUAACCCUACAUCUGGCUCCAGGGAACAACCCCUCUAUCCCAGAGAAGCGGCGUCAGCACUUCAGGGGCUUCUGCUACCAGGAUGCCAAAGGGCCACGCGAAGUUUGCAGCCGCCUGCGGGAGCUGUGCCGGGGCUGGCUGGAGCCCCAGCGCCGCAGCAAGGAGCAGAUGCUGGAGCUGGUGGUGCUGGAGCAGUUCCUGGCCGUCCUGCCCCGGGAGAUGCAGAGCUGGGUGUGGGAACAUGGUGUGGAGACGUGCGCCAAAGCAGUGGCCCUGGCUGAGCAGUUUCAGCUGGGGCAGAUGGAGGAUGAGAAGCUCCAGGUAAUAGUGGGUGUGAAGGUCCAAGAAGUGUCCUCGGACAAGAAGGCACCCACAGAGGCAUUAUGGGAGCCUCUUGAUUCCUGGCUGGAGGAGAUGCGGCCCCAUCCUGCAAACGUGCCCCAGGAGGAGGAAGGAUGGGGUGAAACGCCAGGACCUCAGGACGAGCUACCUCACGUCCCCAAAGUGAAGGCCCCUGUCUACCGGGAAUCAGCAGGUGCAGGGACCUUCAGCAACACUGAAGAGCAGCCUCCUGAGAGGGGACCUGCAAACCCAGAGCUUCAGAGGACUUCCCCAAGGAGACUAGGGGAGAGGGGCUCCCUAAUAGGUGAGCCAGAACAAGUGCAGAAGGGACAGGACAGACCUCCAAAGAAGAGAGAGAGUAUACAGCUCCAGGAGACCUUUGAGGACGUGGCUGUGUACUUCACGCAGAAGGAGUGGGAGCUGCUGGACGAUGGAGACAAGGUGCUUUACUGGGACCAGAUGCUGAGGAAUUACCAAACUCUUGUUUCCCUGGGGUAUCACGGUCCCACCCCAGACUUAAUUUGCCGCAUCCAGCGAGGGGAGGUGGAGCUCUGGGUCUGCGAAGCUGAAGAACCUGGAGAAAAUACACUGAUUGCUGGCCUGUCCCCAGCAGAUGCUGAAACACAGAGCAGAGUUCAGCAGAAGCCUCCUGCGGAAAGCCCUGCAAAUCAUAACCCACUUCCAGCCAGAAACCAGCUGCCCGUUCAAGAGGGACAGAAAACAAUUGAAACCCAAAAGAGCCCUGUGUGCAAGGAAGAAUUUGAAGGACAGAGGCACCUGGUGAUCCAGGAGGAUAGGGUUCGCAAGGAGGAAGGGUUGUAUCUACCUAGAGAGCCCAGUAAGAGCUUUGGAGACAAAGAGGAGCUCAGGGCCCCCAGGGGAACCCGCAGGAGGGACAAGACUUACCCCUGCACUGAGUGUGGGGCCAGCUUCCAAAAUAAAUACCAUCUCAUUAGGCACCAAAGAAUGCACCUGGGGGAGCACCCCCCAUUCUGCUCCGAGGCGGAGGAGAGCUUUCUCCCCCUGAGCAACCUCCAAAGCCACCAGCCUGUGCACAUGGGGGAGAAGCCGUAUUGCUGUGCCAAGUGCAGGAAGAGCUUCACCCGGUGGGAUAACCUCUGGGCGCACAUGCGCGUGCACACCGGGGAGAAGCCGUUCUCCUGCGGCCAGUGCGGGAAGAGCUUCUCUCAGAGCUCCACGCUCACGCAGCACCUGCGCGUGCACACGGGGGAGAAGCCCUUCUCCUGCAGCCAGUGUGAGAAGAGCUUCACCGACCGAUCAAACCUCAUAAGGCACGUGCGCGUGCACACGGGGGAGAAGCCGUUCUCCUGCACCCAGUGCGGGAAGAGCUUCAGCGACAGCUCAACACUUACCAGGCACCGCCGCGUGCACACGGGGGAGAAACCGUUCUCUUGCUCCCAGUGCGGGAAGAGCUUCAGCAAGAGCUCCACGCUCUCCACCCACCAGCGCAUUCACGGUGGGGGGAAGCCGUUUUCUUGAACCCGGUGUGAGAAGAGCCUUACAAAGCACAGGGAGAAGCCGGACCAUUGAGCCAACUGUAGGAAUUGUUUCUCUGCCAGCUCCCCCCUCACCGGACACCAGCAACGAGUGGAUCUUUGCACUCAACAGGGAGCAUCUUUUGCUAGCUGUGCAGUGGAGAUGGGGGUCCUACACCCAUCCUUCAAUGGAGGUGUCCCAAGCCAGCUGUUGUGAUAAGUUGGAGCUGCAGCUGACACGGAGAAGACAAGCGGGUCACGGCUGAAGUGAUGGAGCUAAGACACGGAGAAGAUAAAAACCAGGGGAUGCAAUGCUAAAGUUCCCCUGAAAAGAGACCUCUUUGAACCAUCCAGUCCACAGCUCCCACAUAGACGCACAGCCAGAUGUCCCUUCACUAUUCCUUCCUCUGGCAUUUUAGGACAUUACCUGUGUGAUCUGCUUUUUGACUUUCUUGAUUAUUCCGUUAACUUCCACAUCAACUAGGAAGGCUCCCGUCCCACCACUUGGAUCAGUUUGGAUAACACAUGCACUACAAAAAAAUAAAGAGAAUGUCCAUGAAUUAAUUCUUAAUAACUUUUUGGUCUUGGGCAGCUCACAAUCUUCCUUGGUUUUCCACCCUUUUGCUAGGUGCAUUCCAGGGUAGACCCUGCCAUGAAGAAAGUUUUAUUGGUCUGUGGGGAGUGGCUUUCAGAAAUGAACAAUUUUCAAAAUCCUUUGGGAGCCUCCCCUAGCCCAGAUAAUAGGAACCCAGCUAUAGGGCCCUGACCCUCUCCUAGACCCAACCCACACUAGAUGCAAUUCUGCAGAGGGGUCCUUCUUCCGUGCCCCCAGCCUUGCUCUUGUCAUCUCGGCACCUCUAUAGCCACCCCCAGCUAGGAUGAGACCCAUGACUUAUGGGUCUGUGAGACCAAGUCCCUGGGUCGCAACACCUAUCUGUCUCCAUGGUCCCACCAGUCAACUCCAAUCUGCUUCUGUGGUGACCUUUCCUACUUUAGGUAGGACAGCCACCUGUUGGGAAGGUCAAUGGGGAAGGCCAUGUCCUUAAUACUAGCUGGCAUAUCCUAGCCAGCUCAUACAGUAUAGGCACAGACAAUAGGGCUCAGGCCAGUGCUGCUUUCCCCGUACAUCUGACCCCAUUAGAGAGGAGCAUGAGUCUGAUGCCACCAAGGGCAAGGCUGGGGUUCAUUGCACAGCAAUGUUUCUUUGCUUUCCCCCAUCCACAUCCAGCCCCGCUGGCUGGACUGGCCUGCCCACGUCCUCCCUGUCUCAGUGAAGGACAUAACAACCACAACACUUCGCUGACCGGGGCCCACCUGCCCAUCAUUAAAGAGGAGAAGAAGCCUGGGGAAGAAG